GUGAAAUUCACAUGUAUUUCUCUCAUCUGUCCCUCCACAGAAAGCUAAACAUGCAUCUAAAAGCUGUGCUCCUCGCCCUGUCCUUCAUGACAUCUUCAGCAUAUCCACUCCCCCGUAACACCAGGGAGGCAACCUGGACAGAUUCAAAGGACAACAAGGCUCAUGACAAGACAGAACGCACAAAAGAUGUGGCUCAAAUCUAUAAGAGCCACAUAGACAGCAGUGAUCUUUACAACCAAGAUGAUCACAGCAAAAACCCUGUGACAGAUGAGAUGCAACACAAAAUCAUCAUGGAGUCGGAGCGUCUGCGUACCCGUUUGCGCCAAGAGCUGGCUGAGCUGCAGGAGAGAUUGUCCACAUCUGCCGCCCACCCCAGCUCCACCCUGGCCAGCAUGAGGGAGCGCUUGGCUCCCCUUAUUCAGCAACUCCAGAGUUCUCUCAGCAGCAACACCCAAGAUCUGUGUAGCCAGCUGAGUCUCUAUCUGCAGGGCCUGGAGACAGCAGAGUCCCAGCCAGAUGCCAGUCCGUCUCCCUAUCAGGAAGCCUUCCUCUGGAUUAGCCAAACACUGGAGCACAGCAGCUCCAAGGUGGCUGACAUCAUCAGCGACUUCCAUUCUAAAACCAUCCGGGUGAUCGAUCAUCUUAAAGAGAUCAGCUCUAGUGAGGAAGAGGCAACCAAGUCAGAGCUCUGGCGGGAAAUAAGCUCCAGUUUGGGACAGGAAGUGAGUUCACUGAGGUUGGAGGCGCAGAACAGGGUGGAGGCUCUCAAAGCGGAGCUUGCUGCUGUGCUAGAAACUGCACAGACUCAUAAGGCUGAAGUGACAGCCAGCAUGGAGCGGUUCUGCCAACAUGCAGCCCUGCAGAGCAAAGUGUUUCAGGCAAGGAUGGAGAGGCAGUUUGAAGGGCUGGAAGAGAAGCUGGAGGUCCAGGGAGUUUCCAGCCUGUCUGCUUCUUCGUCCUCCUCGCCCCUGCAGCCAGGUGGCUCUUUGCAGGAGGACUUUUCAAUGAAACUCUCUGCUCUGAUCCAAGACAUACUGCACUCAGUGUAGUGACAGAGACAGCUGUACAUUUUAAACAAAACACUACUAAUUCACUGCCGUUAUAGUCCCUUUUAAAUGAUUCAUUUCACUUGAAUUCUUGCCAUUGUGUAGGCAAAGUGAGUAGCCUGUAAAUAUUUAUAAAUGCAUGGUUUUGAUUGAUGUAUUUGUUUCAUUCUGUAUGUGAAAGAGUGUGUAAAUGUCAGUAUUUACUGUUCCAUGU